UGUGUGCAGGACUGACAAUGUAUUGGUUGGCUCUAAUAUGGAUAUAAAAACCUUCUGCUUCCUCAUUACCUUGUGUCUUGGAAUCCAGAGGUUAACAUCAGAUAUAUCGCGGCGGCAAAAAAGAGCCUGGAUCAUAGAAACCUUUACUAUUGAUGAAGGCUUUGAUGGACCUUUUCCACAUUAUGUGGGAAGUAUUAACAUCGACCCAAACAUAAGUCUUUUUGAAAUACAUGGUCCAGGUGUUGACAAGGAACCUCUGAACUUAUUCAAAAUUGACAACAAAGCAAAGAUGUGGAUCAUGUACCCUGUGGACCGUGAGGAAUAUAACAUUUUAAAGCUGAUAUUUCAGGCAUAUAAUAAAGAAAAGGUUCUAUUAAAUACACGAUUGACAAUUGUCAUUGUCAUUGAUGACACAAAUGACAACGAACCAAAAUUUGGCAAUCAGACAUAUGAGGUUACCAUAGAAAGUACACCAUUACAAGGUACCGCUUUGAUUAAUGUUACAGCAAUAGAUCAUGACAGCACUGAGGAGAACAGCAAAUUUAGCUUCAGUAUAGAGUCAGUCACUCCGACUCCACAGAACUUUCAAUUAUUUAUAAAUAAGGAGCCUGAUUCUGGAAAGGGGACCAUCUCAUUUAAAGGAUGUCUGGACCAUGAGAAAGCACAGAAAUACACCCUCAUUGUGAAAGCCACAGACCAUGGUCAACCAAGACCCCUUUCAAGUUCCACCACUGUGAUAAUCAAUAUAGAAGACGGAAACAGACACCUUCCAGUGUUCACAAAUGAAAAAAGCCAAGCAAGUGUGAAAGAAGGACAGGAAGACGUUCUCAUUUCACGUCUGCAUGUUAUAGACAAAGACACCAAAGGUACAAAGGCCUGGAAAGCAAAAUAUAAAAUCCAAGGAGAUAAAAGCAACAACUUCAGAAUUGUUACUGAUCCUGAUACAAACGAUGGUCUACUGUAUGUGGAAAAGAAGCUCGACUAUGAGGAUGAUCCUGUGAAGAACAUCAACAUAACUUCAGAGAAUGAGAUUCUCUAUUUUAUUUGCAAAGUGAUUGAUCGCAACACUGCUGGUCUUUGGAAGAUAAACACUAUUAUUCGUAGUCCUUUCAGCGUGGCACAAAGUGGGACUAGAGCAGAGGAAACAUCACGUUUAUCCACCCAUCACCUGACAGUGACUGUAGAAGAUGUCAAUGAGGCCCCUGUCUUUGAUCCGCCUAACAAAACUAUUUCUGUGUUUGAGGACGUUGCUUUGGGCUUUUAUUUGGAGACAUUUACAGCUAAAGACCCUGAUAUUGGUGCAGCAAGCACAAUUAGAUACAUAAUAGGAGAAGAUCCGGCUGGUUGUGUUACAGUGGACUCCAGGACUGGAGAAAUAACCACGUCAAAGAGUUUAGACCGAGAGUCACAGUUUGUUAAAGAUGGAUUGUAUGUUGUCCAAAUAUAUGCUGUUGACAACGGUGAACCGCCCCAGACCGGCACAGCAACGCUUAGCAUCAAGAUUAUGGACGUAAAUGACAAUGCUCCAUCUUUGGACAAAAACAUCAUUGAUAUGUGCCAAAGUGAUAGAAUCUCAUCGGUCAAUGUCACAGCUUUAGACCCAGAUGAAGAACCAUCCAGUGGGCCUUUCUUGUUCAAACUUCUCGGAGAUGUUAAGAACAAGUGGAGGAUUGACCCUGAAAAAGGUUAUUCGUUCAAGCUUGUGAAAGAACACAACGUUUCACAAAAUGCAAUGUUUUUGGGACAUCAUAAGCUGCAGCUAGAAGUGUCAGAUCUUCAAGGAAAAACAGCUGUCCACAGCCUGUUGAUUUAUGUGUGCAAGUGUUUCAAAACAACAAGGCCAGACUGCCGACUCCAUAAAGACACUGGAUCCAGAUUGGGAUCAGAAGCUCUGGGAAUUUUACUUUUAAGCAUGACACUGCUCACAGGUUUGCUGCUUUUAUCUUUUCGGAUGUCAUGCAAGCCUGAAAAGGUGCCAUUUCCAGAUGACAAUGUUGAGCAAUAUUUAAUGAAGAGCAACACAGAGGAACCAGGAACCGAUUGUGAAGUAUUUUUUUUUUUUUUUCAUUUUAAGUCAAACCUACUUGCUUACUAUAGUAUAGUUCACCUAAAAAACAUACUGUAAACUGAAACCUUUGUAUGUGUUUAAGUUGCCCUUAGUGUUUCUACAAAGCAAACAUAAUGGACAACUGACGCAGACAUCUCAAGGCAUGACACUUAACUUGACACCGGUAUUAGUCGAAGUUAACUCACAAAUGAGCCAGAAUGAGAGCUGCCAGGAAAAAACAAUCCUAGGGAAAAGGUCUUCUGUGAAGUCAAUGCAAGAGCAGUGGAUGAUUUUGCAUGGAUCUUCUUUAACCAUGAAGAAGAGACAUCAGCAACAAGAACGGAAGAAUGUUAACAGGGUUUGGAUUCAACAAAGCCAACAUGUUCAUGACAUUCUAAUAAACGAUUUACUGAAAAUAAAACUACUCACAUUAGAGGCCCAAGGCAAGGACCUGGGUGAUUAUGAACCUGUCAGGUACAGUGACGAGGGAGGCUCAGAACAUAGCUUUGAACUGGAUGUCCUCUCCAUCCCUGGAGAUCCCUUUGACCAAGACAUGGUACUGGACAACAGGUUUUUACCUCUGGCCUCAAUCUGUUCGCCUGACAUCACUGCCCAAAGCACAAAAACUUACUUUUCUAAGGUUUGGACACAGGAGGACUGAUUUUCUUCAUGUACCUAAUUUCUGGUUUCUUGAUUUGUCAUGCAAGCAAUCUUGAAGGAUGGGAAACCAAGCAUACUGUAGGUUAUUUAGGUUAAGCAGCCUGAAAACAAAACCAAAUAUGUAAAAAAAAAAACACUUUUUGAUGCAAUUGUGUACUAAACAUAUGGAAGAGCCUAAUAAGCAGCAUUGUAUAUAUCAUCUACUUUCUGCUAAGGAACUUAAAAAUCAAAUUGUAAAAUAAAUUGUGAAAACUGGGGACUGUGGAAAUGUAUGCAUAAAAUCUAAAUCAAGUAAAUUUAUUGGUUAUCUAUUUUUGAGGUAGUUUAUUUUUCAUGGUUGAACAGU